AUGGAACUACUUGAGCUCUUCGUUCGCUUUCGCGCCCUAACGACAAUUUGCCAAUCAAAGAUGGAAGCUGUUCUACAUACGGCUCUCUUGUUGGACAAGGGGGACAUUAUCAAAAGCACCCCCGCCGCACAUUCUGAUGACAAAACUGUGCGAUUUGUCAAUUCGAUCCUGAAGGGAUGUCAAGCCGAUCUAGUCUCUGAACUUUUGGACCCAAUACGAUUGCUAGAUGGAAAGUCUUUCUGUAAUGGACAGGAGCUAUUUGAGUUUUUGAACGCCGAGCUUGUAAAACAUUUUCCCAGUAAGAGCGACGCUCUGUUGCUGGCUGUCGCUUUAUUACAGUUGUUCGUCCAAAACAAUUACACAGGUCCUGCAGCUUCGAGUUCUGCGCAUACUGUGCUGCACGAGUCUAAUGAUUCGGAUGGUAAAGCACAUGCACUCUCUGUUUGUCUCCUGAGUGUUUUUGGACAGCCAGCUUACGAACUGUGCGAUGAUGCAAUCUAUCUGGUUAUGUCCAUCAUCUUGUUGGAACAAAUCACAGAGCAACAAUCGCUCUUUUCUGGCGGCAAUGAGGGCUCGGGGGUUGUUGAGAUUCCUGCCUCGGAAACCCCAGCUCUUGUGGCAUGCGCGCACUGGUGGAGAGCUAGGGCGCUGCUUGUACAGCUGUCCCUCCUACCAGAACCGUCUGGGUUACAGCCAAUAGUUGUGUCUUCAAUCCUUGGAAGCGUUGAUCUGGUUUACGCCAUCAGCAAGGAAUUGCCAUCGCAUUUAAAGUCAAGCCUCGAGAAGCAACUCGGCGUAAUAUACUAUCUUGAGAAUGUCAAAUGUUCGCUAGCAACCAAUACCGAACAUCUUUGCCUUCCUUCCUUAACCAAAGUUCAAAAAUUGACCGGUUUACAAUUUGUCCUAACUGGCGCACGCGCCAAGAGAACCAAAUAUCAGCAAGAAGCUCGCUCUGGCUUGAUAAUUCUCGCAAAAUCAUCUCCAUCGAGUACAAAUAUUGAAGAUGAGAAGGACAGUUUAUCUCCAGAGAGCUUUGAGCUUAAUUCCGACGUCCUGCUGGAACGGCCCAUCUUUCAAUCUAUCGGAGAUGAGCCAAUUGAUGAUCAGAUUGUUAAAAGACGAAAAUUUGAUGGCGAAGCUGGUUUAGACGAAGAAAAGCUGCUUCCCGUUGCUUUGAGACAAGAAGACAUCCCUCUUGAUCUGCGCGAACUUGACCCUAACGAGCAACCCGCCCUAACUAACUACGACAAUGCCCAGCUGUUGCUUCGCCUAUACGUUAUACGUCAAACAUCCCCUGCUCAAAACCCGUUAGUCGAAGAGGAGCUGAGUGCGAUCUUGGGUCGCGUCCUUUACCAAUCAGGAAAAAAAAACUGGACUCUAUUUUCCAGAGCUCUAUGGGAAAGAUCUGUGGUCGAAACAACCAAGGCAAAGACAAUCGAAAGGGGCCUGCUGCAGAUGCAGUCCCUUGUUGAGGAAAUGGAAAUUAAAAUCAAAACGCGCAUGCUCCCACAAGGCGACGUGAACGAAAAGGUUGAAAGUAAUGUGAGAAUGAGUCUCAUACAUCAGUUGCCCUUCAUGCCAAGAUGGUCACUAGAUGCUAAAUUGGCCGAAAAAUACAUGUCGGUAGGGAUUUUAAGAUCAGCCGUUGACAUUUAUGAAAGGCUUGGGAUGUUGUGUGAAGCAGCCUUGUGUCAUGCUGCUGUUGGGGACGAAAAAACCGCCGAGAGCAUAUUGGCAAAAAGAAUCGAAGACAAUGAGCACGAUGCGAGGGCCCUAUCCAUAUUAGGCGAUAUAAGGCAGGACCCAAAUUUAUGGUUGAAAAGUUGGGAGAUUGGGAAAUAUGUCAAUGCCAAGAACUCGCUUGCAAGAUACUACUAUAACCCACCAUCUAGCUCGGGAUUGACAAAGGACUACAAUGCUUGUUUGAAGCACUUGAAUGAGUCGCUGAGCCUUUAUCCACUCGCGUUCGAUACAUGGUACUUUUACGGUUGUAUUGGUUUAGAGUGCGGAAAGACAGAUCUUGCUGCUGAGGCAUUCACAAGGUGCGUUUCACUUGAUGAUACACAUUCAUUAUCUUGGUCUAACUUGAGCGCAGCAUAUAUUGAGCAGGGCAAGUUAAAAGAGGCGCAUAGCUGUUUGAGUAAAGCCAUUGGUUCAGACUCACAAAACAACUGGAGAAUUUGGGAUAACUUUAUGCUAGUGUCUAUGAAGCUCAACAUGUGGGGAGAUGUUCUUCUUGCCUGCAGAAAGCUUGUGGAAAUACGGAAAAACAAGGUGGGCGAGUUUUCCAUUGACCUGCCGGUUGUCGAAAAACUAGUCGAGCUCUUGGUUACGUCUGACUUCCCAAGUAACGCCCCCGAGAGAUUAUCGCACUUUCAAUCUUCUUGCAUGGAAUUUAUUUGUGAUAUACUACCUACAGUGGUGACCACAAAUUCCCGCUGCUGGAAUCAGGUUGCAAGGGUUGAGCUGUGGAGGAAAAGACCUUGGGCUGCCUUAGAGUGCUAUGAGAAGGAGUACAGGGCUAUGUCGCACAAUCCAGACUUGGAGUUUGAUGAGAAAGUAUGGAACCAGACUGUGGACGCAUGCGACGACCUUGUUGCAGCGUACGAAUCUUUAGGAGUGAUGGAGGGCAAGCAUGGCGAGGGAAGCCUAGUUUGCAAAGAUUGGAAAUACAAGGCACGGUCAACGAUAAAGUCGUUAAUGAGUAGAGGCAAAAAUAACUGGGAGGAUUCAGAUGGCUGGGAAAGACUGUUGGAGAUGAGAAGAAACCUGUAA